AAUCCGGGUUGUAAUUGGAUAAACCCGAAUCGUCCAGAUCGUUGGGGAAUCAGGUCUUCUUCCUGAAGAGACGAACGUAUCUUCUAAUCAUCCAGUUUCAUCACCAAUGGCGUCGGGGUGGGGAAUAACGGGGAACAAAGGGAGAUGUUACGAUUUCUGGAUGGAUUUCAGCGAGUGUAUGUCUCACUGCAGAGAGCCCAAGGAUUGCUCUCUUCUUCGCGAAGACUACCUCGAGUGUCUUCACCAUUCCAAAGAGUUCCAACGAAGAAACAGGAUAUACAAAGAGGAACAACGUAAACUAAGAGCAGCUUCAAAGAAAGGCCAAGAUACCGGCGGUGAUGCCACUCAUACUAGUAAUCACUAGUCGUGAAGCCAAGUUUGCAUCUUCCGUAACCAGGAAGAAGAAUAAUCAAAGUUUCGUGCAGAUUCUCUGUAUGUGUUGUGUGUCAAACUCCUUUUGAUUGUUUUCACUUUGCUUCUGCAAAUGAAUAUACUGUUUUUUUUUUCCUUCUCAAUUUGACUGAGUAUAUCCUUUGCCUGUUCAUCAAACAGACUUCUUUCAUGGUAAUAAUUUACUCUUACAGUUAAUCUUAA